AUGGCGACCCAGGCACACUGCGCUUACUGCUUCGAAACACUCACUGCGAACUUUGAGCGCAGAAAGCCAUUAGGAUUGGCACAAGUUGAAGAGCUGUGGGCGAGAUACCAUGUGGACAAGUCCUUAGAGUUGGACGAUGGUGGCCAAAACGAUGCAGACAUGACGGAAGACGACGCAGAUGAAGAGGAAAGCUCGAGCGCUCGACCAGCCGCCAUCUCGAGACUCCUCAACAGAGAGCCCGCCCAAUCCGCCAUGUCGUCCGAUAGUAGCUUGCCAUCGACGAACACAUCCUCGUCAACACAGAGUAGUAAGGCUGCAUCAGGUGCUGCGACCCCCGCAAGCUCCACGAGCUCUCGUGCCUCGCUACAAGAGUAUCCUCUGUUUGUCACGUGGAACACCGUCACUCGGAGCGGGCAGAAGAACCUGCGAGGUUGCAUCGGUACUUUUGAGGCGCAAGAGCUCGAGUACGGGCUGCGUUCGUACGCAUUGACAAGCGCACUCGAGGAUGUUCGCUUCUCGCCCAUUCCAUCUUCCCUUAUCCCUUCUCUUAGUGUUCAUGUUACCUUACUGACGAACUUCUCCACACCUUCGAAAGAACCUCUCGACUGGACCCUCGGAAAGCACGGCAUUCGGAUCUCAUUCAACCACAAAGGAAGACGUUACGGCGCAACUUACUUGCCUGACGUGGCGCCAGAGCAAGGCUGGACAAAAGAGGAGACGCUGAUAUCGCUCAUGAGGAAGGGUGGCUGGAAUGGAAGCAGCAGCUCGUGGCAGAAAACCUGGCGGGAGGGAAAUGGUGAACUGAUUACAUAUGAGGGCAAGCAGGUCGGUCUGCAAUACCAGGAAUGGAGGGAGUGGAGGGACUGGGUCGACGGGCAGGGAGCCAACGGCAAGGCCUAG